CGGUAUCCCAAUACCAAAUACCGAAAUCCCGAAUACUGAAUUACACCCGAAAAUCAAUCACAAUCCCAAUCCCUAAACAAUUUCGGUAUCCCAAUCCCAAUCGCUAAAUAUUUUGGUAUCCCAAUCAGUACUUCGGUAUCCCAAUCGGUAUUAUCCAAUACAAAAUUAAUUAUCUUUGCAAUUAAUAAUUAAAUAUAUAAAUAAUAUUUAUUGUUUAAUUUAGGGCAAAGAGAAUAAGCAAAGAGUCUUGAGUUUGCCUAGAGCUAGGAUAUUGAUAAGGAGAAUGGUGAAGAGGUGACAUCUCAAAUUCUUGUCAUUGGUAAUCUUUAAUUUGACGAAUUGAAGGUUGAGAGACGACUAAUACUAGUGUUUGCAUUUUGGUGUUAUGAAAAUUACAAGAGAUUAGAUGAGAGACGAGAGAGUGAUUUAAAUUGGAAAGUCAAAUUUGAGUUGCAUGGGGACUUCUAAGUUGUAAAAUAGUGAUAGAAUGAUCUAUGUAUAAUUAAAUGAGACUCUUGGUGGUUGAGGGUCGUGUAGUAGUGAAUGAGAGAGUCUAGUUGAGAGGAUAAAAUACAUAAUAUCUUAUAUUUCGGUAUUGAUCGAUAUUUCAGUAUAUACCGGUCCCAAUCCUAUAAUCCCUAAUACCGAAUAAAAUUAAAAUUCAAUGCGAAUCCCAAUCCCCCAAAAAUAAUACGUGUAUUUGGUAAUACCAAAUAUAAACAAAUUCGAUACGCUAUUUGGUAUAUCCCAAAUACCGAUACCAAACUUUCAGCCCUAGGUAUAGAAUGUUAUAAUUUGAGAUUCUAGAGACUAAAAAUAUAGCUCAGUUUAAGGUAGCAUGUAGUAAUUCCGGUUGGCCCGUUCUUUACACAACUAAUUCAUGCAUAACUAAUUCAUGCAUGUAACUCUAAUCCCUAAAUCUUAAAUUGUGAAAUGUGAAUCCUAGUCUUUAAAAUCAUUAAACCCUUUCCGAUCAAAGUAAGUCUUGAAUGGUUUUUACAAAUUCAUCGGUGUUCUUAUACAUCAUAAUAAACAAGUGAGUAUUGAUGUGGUUUUGACAAGAAUCUCCUACUCGAGAUGGCAAUUAUGUUGAUACUAGGGAUAUUUCCGUCGAUUUGCAUUUGAUAUAAGUUGAGUCUGGUUAUAGUACCGACUAAGAUGACAACCAUAAUUUCAUUAGAAUUAGAGCAGGAGGUAACAGUAAUUGUGAUAUGCACCUGUACGUUUAGUAACGAAACCAUCCCACCCACUAAUGACACAAAUUCUAACAACAAGAUGACUUGUCGUUAUGUACGAUACGAUGCAAAUAUAUACUUGUAUUGUUCGUUCGUUAGGAAGGGAGGGAGGGAGAGGAUGUACGACAAAAUUCAUAAAAUGAGCUAGGGAGGGAGAACGGGGCUGGGCUGGCUUCUGCUACACGCUAUAUUGCCUGCCAGCUGCCUGCGCGUGGAGUGAGCUCUUUCAGUGAGGUCAGGUGAGAGAGAGAAGCUAGGCUGCUGAUUUCUUCUGAGACUGAGAGAGAAAGAGAGAGAGAGAGAGAGAGAGAGAGAGAGGGGAAGGAGGAGGAUGUUAGAUAUUUCUGCUUGGAUCUAUUGUUGGUGUGGCGAUGGCAGGAGGAGGAUGUUGCAGGAACUGCUGUGAGUGGCUUAGGGAGCUGCUGUACGUGCACUACUGGAUCUGGCUAGUUUUUGCAGGAGGAUUCUGGAUGGCCGUCACCAUAUCCAGCAUCUUGAGGGCCGGGAUAGAGUCCCCGGUUAGUUGGAUCUUGCCACUGUUGGCCUCACACUACGGGACUGUGGUGAUAGUAGUUGGCGGGAAUGGACGGUGGUGGCCAUCCAAGGCGACGGCGUUGGGUUGGACGUUGCGGUGGAACGGAGGAGCUGUCCUCCAGUGCUCGGGGAUAGGAUACGCGGUGCGAUUGUUACUAAAGCUGGCAUUGAACCCUGGUUAGCUCUUCUCUACACCGCAUAUGCAUUUUGCAUAUCGCGCUUCAUCUGCUACCCGGUCAGAUUUGAUUUCACCAUGGCCUGGGUGUGGUGCGUUUUCUUCUACCUUACCUACUUAGUUACUAGCUAAAUUCCUUCCUGAACUUGGGUUGUAUGGUUGUGUGUGUGUUCAAUUAACUUGAUACGUCUGUGCAUAGUCCGUAGAUGGUCUGCUUGCUUUUAAUGUAGGCGCUUAUUCAUUUUUUAUUCAUGCCUAGAGGCUAGAGCUAGAAGGCUGGCUGCCCUGGGGGUGGAUGUUCUGGAACCUCGGCAGCAACCUUUUCCUCCCAACACAAAGGGAAUGUUGCACAUUUUUCUUUUCUUUUUUAUUGUCAAUAAAAGUUAUAAUUGGGCUCCCCAAUAGAAUAAAUCCAUUUCUAUAUCUGGGCUAACGCAAUGAAAGCCCAAUAUUUCU